AUUUUAAUGGUACUUGGUGGUUCGUUUGAAUUCUGGAAGCAGUACAAUAAGGAGAUUGUGGAGCGUGAAAGUGACGAUAUUGAAUUACCACCGCUAAUAAAGCAAUUUAAAAAUCUGAGUGAAAAUAAGAAAGAACGACCACUGUGUUUGCCAUAUUCGCUGAAGGCACGCUUCUUCAUUCAUGCGCAUUUAUCACGUUUUCCACUUACUUCACCUAAUUUACGUAAUGAUAGUAGUUAUGUGAUUUCGAAAUGUGUGAUGCUAAUCAAUGAGAUGUUAUCGAUUUCGCAGCACUUAUGUUUUUACGGCAAUCCAUCACGUUGCCCAUCGUUGGAUACAAUCGAAAAUUUGGCCAAACUUUUACCGAUGAUUGUACAGGCGCAGUGGCCAAAAAAUAGUCCAUUAUUGCAGCUACCACAUAUCACCGAACAAAAUUUACAUCAUUUUCGUCGUGUACGUCUUUUUUUCUUCGUUAGAGUAGUCUUAGAUAUGCAAUAA